ACUUGUGCUUGGUUGUAGGCUCAACAUUUUAUUCCACCUUGUCGCUAUUUUGUCAUUAUUUCGCAAUAUGAACUCUUUCCUCUUCUUCUUCUUCUCUCUCUUUAUUUUUAUAUUUCUCGGGUGCGCGAACAGCGCUCCCGAUGGGAGUAGCCCCCGAGGCUACAGCCAAGAACUUGUGCUUGGUUGUAGGCUCAACAUUUUCUAUAUUGUCAUACUCGAAAUUUUACUUUUUGUCGGAGUAGCCCCCGAGCAUUUGGGCAAAAACUUGUAUUUGAUCAAAGGCUCCCGAAGUAUUGAAUAUUUCAUCCUGUCGCCAAUCUCUGAAUACUUCCUUGUCGACAUUCUUUACUUAAUCAAAUUUACUUCAUCCUUGACAAGUAGUCGUGAAUUUUCUGUCCUGUGGGUCCAUUGAUUGGCCCACGUUGACACGUCGUGCAAGUGGGGGACACACGUCCUCCGCUUUUUCUGGCGCACGUACGGUAACGCCUAUCUCAGUAAAAAUACCUUUUUACCCUUGUUUCUAGAAGAUCUAUUCUCACCACACGAUUUCUCCAUCCAACGGCACGCUGCUUCACCCGAUUCUUAUAUAAACCUUUCUUCAACCUCCGUUCAUCCCCUCGCUUGCGCCGCUCAUCUGUUCCCCUUCGCAAAACUUCUCCUGCGCCCGAAUCUCUCCAAGCUUCCGCACUCACAGACCUUACUCUGCCCAUUGCCGUUGAUGCCACCGCGCACGCGACUCACUCGCCACAGCACUCCGGAAUCCAAGAUGGCUGCCGAGGAUCUUGAGUGGGAGAGAUCCAAAAUCUCCAACCAAGACACCAACAUGCUGAAGAGGCUUGGCCUCAUGAAGAAGGAGGACGCCAUCCGCUUCCCCAGCGAAGAAAGCUACCCCAAACCUCCAAUGGAGUACCGGGUUAGUUUUGUUGAUCAUCUAAUCCGCGGCCUUUCGACCCCAAUCCAUGAUUUCCUCCGCGGCCUUCUUUUCGUUUAUGGGAUUCAACUACACCAGUUGACUCCCAAUUCCAUCCUUCACAUUUCUAUUUUCAUCACGCUUUGCGAGUGCUUCCUUGGAAUCACUCCUAAUUGGAUUCUUUGGAAACGAAUUUUCUGCCUCCGCCGCAAUGGCUCCCACAACGUCACUUAUAACAUAGGUGGCGUUGUAAUCUGUGUUCGUACUGAUGUCGACUAUUUCGACGUCAAAUUUCCCGACUCCGUCCAAGGAUGGCGCAAAAAGUGGCUCUACAUUCACGAAGAAAGCGCCAAUUCUGUGGAGCACAACAUAGUUCCUUUUGACGGAAGUGCCAGGAUUCAGCGUCGCCGUUCCUGGGAUGCCGAAGCUUCUGAAGAAGAGAAAAAGGCGACAGAGGCGCUCAUGGCUCGUAUCCAUCAUCUUCAAAACACUCGAGGCAAAGAGCUAUCUGGUGUUCAAAUUACUGCCUACUUCCUUAGGAUUAGAGUGCAGCCUCUUCAGGCUCGCAAAAAUCCCCUUUGGACGUAUUCUGGUGAAAAUGACGCCAACAGAGUUUCCAGUGAUCUUUCUGUAAAGGACCUGGAAAAAUUGGUUCGAAGAAUUUCUCGAUUAGGCAAGAAGGAUCCUAUUCCCUCCUCCUGUCGAGUGGAACCAUACAGUGCUUCCAAUCCUCUUCCCGAGAAUCAUCCUACUAUGGCUUCCCUUCCUCCUCUUCCUGAGGAUGGAGAGGUCGAAGAAAGAGCCGUUGUCGAUGAUGACAACCAGGAGACCCCCUCUUUUGUUAAUGAACCCGCAGAUUCUCGAAAAUCUGCGGGAUCUACUGAGAAGGAUGCUGCCUCUGAAGGUACAACAUCAGCACAAUCUCCUCCUCCUGCUGUUUCUCCGAAGAGCAAAAGGAAAAGGAGCAAUGGCGAAGAUUCCGGGACCUCGAAACCCGAAGAAACUGCUCCUUUACCUCGAAAAGCAGCUUAUGAUCCAUACGUCGAGAGUAUCAUCAGCUCGUAGGUUCCUUGCUCUUUUCCUUUUCUAUUUGAAGAAUUUUAUUUUGCCUUGCUUUUUAUGCUGCCACUAUUUUGUCACAGUGAUGAUGAAGAAACACCAACUUUAGAUGUGGCUGCUCGAACGAGCACGUCACAUACUUUAGUUAUUUCAGAAAAACCAGUUGAAGGGGAGGAAUCGUCGCCUCCUCAACAAAAUGUUGAUACAUCUACUCCUCCUUCGAGCCCCCGUGCCCCUUCACCAAAAAGGGCACGGGUUGAAAAGAUUGUUGAU